AUGGCAGAGUUGACAGUUAUCGCGGCUAUUUUGGGUGAGUCUAAACCAAGAAGUCGAAAGAACGCAGACGCCAAGUUUCCAGAGUUAAAUUUUUUACCUUCUGGGUAUUUGGAGCUGUAUCCUCAAGAAGUGCAAAGUCUCAGUGAACUUCCGAUGGAACAAUUACUGAAGAUAAAGAACAAUUUUAUUGAAACUGAAGAAGAUGAUGAAGAAGUAGAAGAAGAAGAAGAAGGAGAAGGUCUACAAGGAAGAACUUUACCAAUAAAAUUGCCCCUAAAAAAAAUUGGCAACAAAUCAUUACGUAGACAUGGUGACUGGUGGGAGGAAAAAGGAGAAGACACUAAAAUUUCAAAAAUAUUUCAAUUUACACUGACAACUCUAUCAUUUCUUGCUUUCGGCGGUUACCUUCUCACCCUCGUCAUCACUUCUCUGAAAAAAAAUCAAGCUUCUCAAGGAAAUGUCAUCGUUUUAUCAAACUUGCAAAAAUAUACGAGACCAAAACGUCAUAUAUUUACAAUAGACCCAGCAGAAAAUGAAUAUGAUACCGACAGACUCUACCGUGGGAUGAUAAUGCUUUCUCGCGAGUACGCUUCCUACAAUAAAUGGAAAUAA